AUGUGGGAGUCAGGCUGUGGAGUGCACAUGGAACGAUACGCGACCACCCAGAACUUCACAACAGCAAGGACAUCGGAUGGGGAAAACUUUCUACCUUGCCUAUCCGAUGUCCUUGUUGUUCCCUUAAGUUCUAAGUACAUGACCACUGUGCCGUCGUGUCCCCCAUCGAAAAAGAUUUUCUUUUGCGGACAGGAAGAAACCAGCGUGGGUGGCGAACGAACGAAAUUCGAGACGCUGGAAUCAGCUGGAAAUGGAUUUCGCUUCGUUACUCCGGCUCUGGAUUCGAAUCCCAAUUGGAACAAGACCACAUUGAUUUCUAAAUUUGGCUGGUAG